AAGAGAAUCACCAAUUACAACAUAAUUCACUGGGAUUCCUAGUCCAAAAUGGGAAACUGCUUGUGGGGUGGCAUGUCUGAUCCAGAAACAGUGAUCAAAGUAACAACAUCAAACGGUGGUAUCAUGGAAUUCUAUGCCCCGGUUACCGUCAGUUCCAUCACCGACGAGUUCCCGGACCAUGGCAUAUUCCCAAGAAAUGACCUCUUCUGUAAACCCCUAUGCCAAUUUGAUGAAUUGGUGGCAGGGCAAUCAUACCAUUUACUGCCACUCAUCAACUUUUCUGAUCAUCCCUCAGCCUCUGGCAAUGCCAGCAGCGUCGGCGGUUGUGGCGGUGGGGCAAUUGUCCAUGCUCGGUCCCACAGUGUUCCUAGUCCUAGAAUCUGCUACCCUGCUCCAUAUAGAAUGUCCUUGGACUACCAGCACUAUCAAGGUGUGGGGUUGCUCAAGAGAAACUCAACAGAAGCUUUAUCUUGCAGGGUUACUAACACUAGUAAUAACAGUGGCAAAAAGAGGAGGACUGGUAGAAGCAAAAGCAAGUUCUGGAAAGUGAAGCUGGUGAUAACCCCAGAACAGUUGCUGGAGAUUUUGUCACAAGAAUCACGCACCAAAGAGCUGGUAGAGAGUGUGAGGAUUGUAGCCAAAUGUGGAGUUUCUGCUGUUGGCUUUUCAGCUGUAACAAGCAUAGUUUCUGACCAGUGGAGCCUAUCCAGCAGUGGUAGGAGUGCUCCCUCUAAGAUCGAUGCCUUAGUAUAAGCGUCCGGCAAGUUAGUGCCUAAAAGAAAAGAUACUCAUGGGAUCUCUAAUUGUGUCAAAAGUCAGUCAGGUUAGUCAUGGUUAGUCACACAUGACUGACGUUUUAUCUGGCCGUAUGAACAAACUUCACUGACAUUUUGCACAAUUAGACCGCAUAGUAUAUUCUUAAUGUUAGGACAAACCUCUCUGCUUACACUUUCAAGAAGGGACCAAAAUUCACUCCUAUUUUAUUUUUCAUUACCAUCCUGCUUAUUUUACUGAUUUGGUUUCGUUACCCAAAAAUUAGAUUCAUCGGACAUCUGUAUAAUCUCUGCCUUAGUUGUGGAUGGUGCCAUGUCCAAGUCCAAGGCACAUGUUUGUAAGAGUAUAUUUUGUUUUUAUCACU